UGCACUCUGGAGCACGCGAAACGAAUUGCAUGCUUACAUCGCGGAACGUUAUGAGAGUUUCUGCAACAAAACACGUUCCAGCAUGGUGGUAUCUGUAUUUGUGAUUGUUUGGUACACAGGCAGUUUGCACGCAUUGACCUCGAGGAGGUGCAUGCUCCUGAUUAUAUUUUCAUAGCUCUUAGAUAUCGUUUCUACCGCCCUUCCUUUGUUCACUAUUAUCUACCAACUGUACAUUUUUAACCGAAACACUCAGAUCAACGUUUUACGAUGGUCUUCAGUCUCUUCGCUCGCAAGCCCGAUUCACCACCCAACGCUCAACUACACACACCCUCUCCCUCAAUUUCCCACACUGACUCACCAGUACCCCUCUUGCCAACGCCACCACCCAAUUCUUGCACCACAGAGACCGAGCCCGAACCCGAGGUAACAGACUCAACAGCCCUCGCACUUGUCGAUCGUGCUGCGUAUGAAACGUUGUGGUCCUGCUGUGGAGGGAGUGUCGAAGGGACAGGUGAUAUGGGUCCCCCUGAUGGUUGGUGUUAUGAGGGAAGACACACAACAGACACCAAACGCGCACGUUUCCGUGCAGAUUCUACCAUCCACGACGAUAAACUAGUCUCCUGCGCUACAAGGGGAUGCCAUGGCCGCAAACGCAAGCGGAGCGCAUCCGUCUCCAGCGAUGAUCUGAGCGCCAGUAUAAGGAAGAAAGACAAAGACAAGGUAAACGCAAAAGCAAGUGUCGAUGCUUCACCCAAGUCAGCCCGCAAACCCACUUCAAAAGCAUCCACACCCAGCCAUACACCCAAACCCCUCUCGAGAUCCAGUACACUCAUAUCCUCAGUCACGCUCGUCCAACCACGCAUCAAAUCCCUACCUAAAUCCAACCUCCACCAAUCCCACGUCGCAUCACCAACUAUAGACGCUGUUUCCGACUCCGAAAGCGACGAACAACCACAAGGGUCAGAUACCCCUGCACGUCCUACUCGAGAACGCACAAGAACGCGCCCUACUUCUGACGAACGAAAGACCCGCCUUGCUGCAGAUGACAAAACGCGUAUUCUGGCUGACAAACCACGUACGCGCAGCGCAGCACGAGAAGAGCGUAGUCUUUCACGCACGAGACCGGUUGUGAGAGGCGGUUCUAUCCGUGUACUGCGCGAGAGGGAAAGGGAGAAAGAGAAGGGAAUGAACGAGUCGGAUGGUGAUGACAGGGGACGAGGUAGGGGAAGAGAAGUAAAGAAGAGAAGGGUGGGUGUAUGAAUUGUCUGUGUUGAGUGUGCGGCGUGGAUGGGUAUGAGUGGCAUAUAGUAUUAUUUUGGUAUGUCCCUUGUUUAAGUCAGCGGACGAGUACGGCGCUGGCAGUCGAUACAUCCCAUAACCCUCUUUUGUAUGUUACUACCCCACUAUAUGCGGAGAUCUACCAUUUGUAUCUAUCCUAACUUAAUCGUUGUGCCAGACUACUAGGAGGCAAUUUAGUGUCUACCCGCAUUAAAUCUGACUUUUAAAUCGCCCAAUUCAUGUAAAACCACAACUAAAACGAGUUCA